AUGCUGAGAAUGCUGUUAUUUUGGACGAUGAUAGCGUUGAAAGUUGGAACACGCGGAGUUCCGUAUGUCGCCGCAUCGAUCUUUAUCACAAUGGUUAGCGGCGAUUACUCUGCGGCUAGGGAAGUAAACGCGACUGCGAUGGAUAGAAAUGUGGGCUCGUCUCAGAGUAGUGGCAGUGCCUAUCACCAGCAGCUUCGGUUCAGUUUGGCUGAUAUGGGGGUUGUCAGGUCAAACUUGAACCCUUCUACGGCUUGUCAUGUCUCUACAGCCGUCACAACACCGCUAGUAGCCCUUUCGUCACAUCUCAGACCGUCCCAUGCUCCGCUCAGUUCCGUACACUUACCACGGCCUAAUACUUUCCUGGCUGCUCCGUCGCCGAUUCCAACCAUGCGAGGAGAAUCCAAUAUGGUGUCGUCUUCGGUCGGCAUCGUCAGAGCCAGCUCGUCUUCGGCGGCAGUUUUGGCAAGCCGUAUGGACCUUUAUCACGUGAAUCCCGGUAUGCCUGGAGGAGCUUUGAACAGCAGCCAUCUUGCGUCAUCGUCGUAUGUCGGUGGUAGUGGUAGCGGCAGCGGCGCUGCUCACAUAAUGAAUUCCGCUGCCUUGCAGGUGCAGAUGCCAUUCCAGAAACUUAAGGUCGAAGAUGCGCUCAGUUACUUGGACCAAGUAAAAUUGCAAUUCGCCAACAAACCUCAUGUGUACAACGACUUCCUGGAAAUCAUGAAAGAUUUCAAAGCUCAAUCGGUCGAUACGCCAGGAGUAAUUCAACGAGUCAGCCAGCUGUUUCGCGGCCAUCCGAAUUUGAUUGUCGGCUUCAACACGUUUCUGCCACCUGGCUAUAAAAUCGAGGUACACGGCGAUCGCGGUGAGCGGGUAUCCAUUUGCACACCAAAUGGACAGUCUCACAUCAUCGCCGGUGAGGAUGAACCGUCUACGAGCAGCAUUAAAACUUACUUGAACGUUCCUGUAUGUACAGAAAACAGGCAGCAACCGUCCCCAUGUGGUAAAAACCAGCCGCCAUCGCAGUCCAGUAGUACAGUUCAGCCAAUGGAAUUCAACCACGCCAUAAACUACGUCAAUAAAAUCAAGCUAAGAUUCCAAACUCAACCAGAAGUGUACAAGCAGUUUCUCGAGAUUUUGCACACUUAUCAAAAGGAGCAGCGGGAACUUAAAGAAGGCCGCAUUCCGAUCGGUCAGAGUCCUCUCACCGAAGCUGAGGUUUAUGCCAUGGUAGCCCGUCUUUUUGUGAACGAAGCGGAUUUGUUACGUGAGUUUGGGCAGUUUUUGCCAGACGCUUCUUCGGCCACCACGCAGAUCCAUGUACAGCAGCAGCAACAGCAGCAGCAGUUGCAGCAGCAGCAGCAGCAGCAAACAGCAGAAAAUGCGGCUCGCCAAGCGAUAAAAAUGACGGCCUCUUCUGAUGCGGCUAUUGUAGCGAUGACAGAUCAUCCAAAGCCAUCUACUUCUACGGACAGUGGCAACGUAGACGAAGAGCCUGUCUGUUCAUCGUCAUCGUCCGCGUCGUCGGCAGUCGUAGAACGCCUCGUCGCAUCGCAGAUCGAAAAACAGAAUGAAACGGAAGCAACAAAAGACGCAGAAGUCGCAUCGGCCUCCUCCAGUAAAGUUAUUCCGAUUUCGUUGGACGACGAUGAUGCAGCCGUCGAAGGCAUGUCGAUCAGGAAAAUCACCUAUGACGUGAGCAUAGAAGAGGCGGCGAAAUACGCUACUUUUGCCGAGUAUCAGUUUUUUGACAAAGUGAGGAAGGCUCUUCGAAAAGAAGAACCCUAUUUAAACUUUCUUCGUUGUCUCGUGUUGUUCAACAUAAAAAUCGUAACCAAGCGUGAACUCUUGCAAUUGGCUCAGCAUUUCUUGGGUAGGUUUCCAGAAUUGAUUAAGUGGUUUAAAGACUUCAUGGACGGUACUGAAGAAACCACCGAUUCGGUGCCUGCGAAGAAGGAGCAGGAAGGGAUUAGCUCUGACCUCGCUAUGGAAAUUGAUUUUGCGUCAUGUAAACGUUACGGUAUCAGCUAUCGUGCAUUGCCGCCUUCCUACAAGAAACCCCACUGUAGCGGGCGUAAACCAGAGGAUUUACAGGUUCUCAAUGACACCUGGGUUUCUUUUCCAUCAUGGCAAUCAGAGGACAGCAGUAACGUCGCACAGAAGAAAACUCAAUUUGAAGAAUGGAUGUAUCGUACUGAAGAUGAGCGUUUUGAGCUGGACAUCGUGAUCGAGGUCAACCGUUCAACGAUACAGGUGUUUGAAAACGUGCUCAAACGAAUGUCGCACAUGAGCACCGAAGAGGCGAAGCGCUUCCAGUUGGACGACACUUUGGGUGGCACGUCGAUGACAAUUCAUCAACGCGCCAUUAGCCGUGUAUACGGCGACUGUGCAUCUGAUGUGAUUGAGGGAUGUAAGAGAAACCCUUAUGUCGCUGUUCCGAUCGUUCUGAAGAGGCUCAAAGAAAAAGACGAUGAAUGGCGCGAAGCGCAAAAAAAUUUUGACCACAUUUGGCGUGAGCAGAACCAAAAAUACUACUGGAAGUCGUUGGAUCAUCAGGGUAUCACUUUCAAGCAGAACGAUCUGAAAGUAGUCAGAUCGAAAGCGCUCAUCAGCCAGAUCGAAGCGCUCUACGACGAGCGCCACGAGGCUAUCGAACAACAAGCUGGUGAAAUACCCACUGGUCCUCAUUUGGAAGUCACCUAUCCAGAAGAACGCACGGUGUUCUGCGAUGUUCAUGAUUUACUGAUUCAUCACGUGAAACGUCAGACAAGCAUUCAAAGUGAAGAAAAACGUAAGAUCAAAAGAAUACUUAAGACUAUUUUGCCCAGACUGUUCGGGAUUAAGGCGAAAGAAAACGAUAGCGAAGAAGACACUAAUCAAGCCGAUGCAGAUGGUCUGUCCGACGAAAGUGAUACUGGAGCAUCUGUCAUUGAAAUACCGAUGAAAAGGAGACGAAUGAGCGCGGACGGCACUGACGGCAGCGAAUCGCAUCGAAUUUCUGACUCUGGCGGAGCGAGUGUCAAAGAUCUACACCCACUUUACAGCGGGCAUUGCUUAAUAUUCUUGCCAAAUCCAUGGUACGUCUUCCUUCGUCUGCAUCAGCUGUUUUGUGAGCGGCUGUCGAUGUUGUUCAACAGGGCGGCAACCAUUUUAAUGGAAUCUAACUGCGACACCGAUAUCGACGACACCACUGGCGAACAUCCUAUAUCAGACGCUCUCGCUUGCGGCUGUAAAUCGCAGCCGUCGCCGGCAAAGUUUUAUCCGUCGCUUAUCCGCUUGAUCAAGAGUCUGCUCGACGGUCAGAUCGAUGGCGGUCAGUACGAAGAUUCACUGCGCGAAAUGUUCACCAUCCACGCUUAUAUCGCUUUCACGUUCGAUAAGAUGGUGCAGAUCAUGGUUAAACAGUUGCAUGCGAUGGUCACCGAUCCUGUUUGCAUCGACGCUCUUGAACUACAUAACAAAUGGAUGUGGGAAGCAAGAUCGAAGGAUUAUUUUAUUGCAGGUGUUCGCUCGAGGCUCGAGGAAGCUUACCAAAGGGAGGCCGAAAAGAUUAUGGCAAACUUAAACUGCUUCAAAAUCUAUUUCUGGUACCAGUCAAGAAAAGUCACUUUUGAAAUGUUGGAUACAGAUCUGAAUGCCCAGUCCCUAGAAGUAGUAAAAGGAAUGAAAUGGUCUGCAUAUGUGGAGAAUUAUCUAAGCCUGGUCACUCCAACGGAGACCGAACAACUUACGGAGAAAUUUCUCAUUCGAAUGAACCAAAAACCGCUGUUCGUAUUCAGGAAUCUGAAGCGUUUAGCGUCACUUACGCGAAACGAUGGAGAAUCAAGUGCAGAACUGAGUAAAAGCGGCGGCUGCACAACGGCAAAGGGUCCGGAGAAUGACGACCACAUUGACUCUGACGAAAACGGAAACAAAUCGCCAAAAUCGAACGGCGGCGAAUCGAGUGUCCAUGCCGCCGUCGCUAUCUUCAACCGCUUUCGCAAGUUCAACCACGAGAACGCAGUAAAGACGAUGUUGACAGGCAUGUUCGUUGCCGAAAAUUUACAGGCACGAUUCAACCGCUCGAUCCACCGAUGGCAGUACAUAGCAGGCACCGAAGACGUUCUGUGCAGACGAACCAGACCGACAGCGGCAGCCGCUUCCACAGAAACCGCAGGUGGUCGAACGUUAGGCGGUAGUUGUGCCAACGUUGACCUACCCCACUGGUAUACCACUAUGAAAUAUGAUUAUUAUCGUCUUUGGUUCAUGUUCAUGAGCAGUUACGCGUAUCGUGUAUCGAUAUUAAUGAACGGUACCGGUGCCCUGGGGCAGGGCACGUUUCAGCGUUUUCUGAAGCAAACCGAAAAACGAAACUCAGCGUUCGCACACUUUCACGAACAGUGGACACUGAACAACUUGACAAUGGAACAAGUGCAUCGCACGGCUGACUGGUUCAUGGGCAGACUGGAUGAUGGUUCCACGGUGUGGAUGCAGCGCAUUCAGGUCCCUUGCCCAAUUCGAGCGCCAUACUUCUUAUGCAACAAAUACAUCGUCGACCGUUCCAAAAACGCUCUGAACGCUACCCAGGAUCUAGCAUUCAUGCCGACUAAUCAUGGACGAUGA